CAGGAAGAGAUAAAAACAUGAGACCUAUUUGGAGUGUUUAUAGUCCGUCGAAAAUACCUGCAACUUCUCCUCCCUCUUUGAAGAGCGCCAAGAGAAGGUUAAAUUCUAGAGGUCCCCGAGGCCACUCUGAGCACCAGUGUUAUGUUCUGGUAAAAAUAAAGCGGGUGUGUGGCGCCGUAAACACCCAGUACUGGCCGCGACGUAAACAUUUACAGUGGCGGCAGCGGAAACAGGCAGCCUUCUUAUGGCGACGCUGGUGGCUGUGUCUGUCUGACCUGACCUACUGCUGGCGUCGGGCACGAUGAGUAGUAGGGCAGGUAAGAAGAGCAGGACCGUGGGUUGGCGGGGGAGUGCUUGAGGGGCGUCACGGUUGGCCUGCCUCACGAGGGGGUCACGGUGCCUGCUUUAUCGCGAGGAUUCCAAGUUUAGCCCCGAGGCAGAGGUUGGCAGGCAUUUCAUUAUCGCCAGAGAAACUCAAGUAUACUAGCAAGUUACAAGUGUAAAGGACUGCAAGGGCGCUGAAAGACGGUGAAAUACUGUUCACUAGAGCCGGUUGUGAUGGUGGUGAUGGUAAUGGCGGUGAUGGGGACAGUGAUGGUGGGGGCGAAGACACGGGUGCCGGGCGUCUGUCUGCAGCGCGGCAACCCGUCACUCGGGCCAGGUUCAUCACUCCUCGCCGCCCCCACCGCACUCCUUCUCCUUACCUAACCAUCCUCUGGCCCCUCCCCUGCACUCACCUCAUGUGACUCGAGGGAAAAAUCUUUGUAGUUAUUGUUCUUUCGCGCACCGUAACCGUGAUCUGUAAUAUUUCUAUUUUAUUUAUUUAUUUUUUUAUUUCAUGGCUAUGUGUGUGAGUUCGCGUGGAUGGAAAAACCUGCCAAUGAAAAAAAAAUUAAAUAAAUAAAUAAAUAAAAAAAAAAAUAAAUAUGUAAUGAAGGCGGGUGAUCAGUGCCGAUGAUUUAUAUCCAUUAACUCAACGUGUAAAAAAAUAUGAUAAGAAGGACGGAGCACGUCUGGGAAAGAUUUUUGAUGUGGGUGGCACGAGACUUGAAAUAGCCCAGCCUCUCCCCUUCACGAACAGUGCGGCGCAGAUCCUCACUCGGGAGGCAGCCUCUCUGCCCCUCACACCUGGCCUUCACUCCCCUUACCUUUCUGGCCCCGCGAGGAAGCGACCAGGAACAGUACUUGUUGGGCCAUCCUAAGCAAAUAUCUUAAAUGCGCCGCACCAACACCAAAAAAACAAAACAAGACCAGUGUUUCCUGUAUUCUGUCGUGAGUGUAAUGAAGUCCCAGCCAGUAGCCAUCUGAAGGCAGGCGCCGCAAAGCUUCUGGUUCGCGAAAUGUGCUGACGGGGAGGCGGCCGGUGCUGAAACUUGCAGUCGUUAAAUAAAUUAUCUGGAAGUGAAGUGUGUUUAGGCUGCUUGGCAAUAAGUGACAACUCAGUAAUAUAUCAGCGAUGUUGAUCUAAUUAGAGAAAAUGUUACCAAGAAUUUAGCGAACUGUGUCUGCCCCUGCUUGGGGUCACAUGGCGGCGGGAAGGCUGUGCAGAGAUGGUGACGCGUACACAUUUAGAGUGAAAAGUGUGAGGGAAACACAACGCAUUACUGAGAUUUGUUGAAAUUCUUAGGAUACAUGUGCUCGUCCUCGUACCACCGACACAACGCAAACGAAAACGGGCGUAGAAUUUUGCGGAGGUGUUGGCAGAAAGCCUCGACUCGGCGUAUGAAGACUGCAACGUGUGAUCACCUCGACGCGGCGCCAAGACCCAGCUGAGGCUCGGCGGGUGAGCGACUGACGAAGGGCACUGCUCCCGGGUAUCGUGCGGACGCCACGCAAGGUGCUGCGGCGGCUGGCCAGACCCACCGUAUAUUUAGUGGCGCAGUGACGGCGAAGAGGCAGAGGGAGUCGCGAGGCGGGUGGGGGGGCACUGAAGGGCAGGCACGAGGCGGGGAGGGGCAUCGGGAGAUUGAGCCAGGCAGGGGGCGCCACGCCAGGGCAGGGGUGGUUGGCUGGCUCAGCACGGUGGCUCCCAGUGCCAGCGGGUCUGGCGGUGUGAACGUGUGGUCCAUGUGAUGAGUGAACAGCCGUCUCAGGAUGGACCGCCAUCCGGGACGCCCUCGCGGGACGUCCUGCCUGAUCACCUCGUGCAGGAGCAGGAUCACCUGGUCCUGCAGGAGCACGAGGAACAGCAUCGUCAUGGACUGGUUCAGGCGGAAGAUGCUGACGGCGGUCUGAGCUUGAUCGACGACGACGAUGUGAGAAAAAUGUCCCAAGAUUCACUUAUAUCCGGAAGUGGGCGAGGAUCGCCACUCCUACGCCCUUCCGCCGGUCCGCGCCGUUACCAGGACUCAGAUUCCUGUCCCAGUGUGUCACCCAGUCCUGACCCAGAGUCCCGUCACCAGACCUUUGAUUUCAGCCCCCCUGGGGAACCGGUGGAGAGCGGGGGCAUCACGGCGGCGCUGCAGACUGAAAGGGAGUUCUUAGAUUUUAUGUUAUCUCUUCCUCAAGUGCAAAAAGAAGGGCCGGGACGACCUUCCCCGGCAAAGAAAGAGGGCGCUCCUCGGCCCCUUCAACAACAAGAGGGACCAAAGCCUGUCCAGCAGGAAGUGGCGCCUCCCCUGCGGGCAGACUCAGAACAGCGAAGUCCCAGCCGAGCGCCAGCAACCGUUGGGGGCGUCGUUAGCACCAAGAUGGGUCUGGAUCACCUCGAUAACUUGUGCCGCAUGAUGGAGCAGCUUGGUGACCUGAGAGAACAAAAUUCUCGCCUACAGCGUCGUGUUCAUUACUUGGAAGAGCUGCAGGCGCUGCAGGAGAUGCACCGUCACUUGCAGGAGACUCUGGAGGCUCGGCGUUCAGGACUCAGACUGGACUCCAUUCACUUAUCGGAUUCUGACCAACACCUGGAUGACGACGGCGAAGGUGGCGGCGGCGGAGUAUCUCGCCACGGCUCUGAGGAUAGUCUGCUGCUGCUGGGCCACCACCAACCCGAUAAAGGUAAGGUCCGCACUAUGUCUACGAAGACCCGCUUACGUAGUAAAUCCGUAGGGACCGACCUGCUUGAUCCUGUGCCCAAAACCAAGGUUUCAGGCUGGAAAAGAGUGCGAGAGGCUCUGAAAUGGGAACGUGCCACCCUCCUGCCCCCUGCGCCUACCCCUGCUACUGCUACUAGUGCCCACCACCCUACCUCCUCCCCCCAGCCAUCCCCUAGUCCCCAGUCUACUGCACUUCAGGACCAAUUCUUCAGACCCCCCUCCUCAUCCUCAUCAUCGAGUGUGCUCACUGAAGUCAUGACUGAGGAAGACCUGCUCAACUUCUACCGUCAAGUCAUCGACAAGAGUGAGCUGCUGGAGCUGCCAGAGUCCCCCGUGAGGCGGCAUUCGACCACUGAACGGGACCUGCGCGCUGCCACCCUCGACCGGGAACCCCCAACCCAGGCACACGACAAGGAGAAGAAGGGUCACCGCUCAGCAUGGGGCAUGGUAGGUCAUCUGAGGCCAAGGUGGACCAACUGGGGACGAGGUGGACCAGCUGGGAUCAAGGUAAAGAACAUGAUCAGCACGCGGAGGGACAGCGUGAGAAAAAAGUCCACGUUCGCACAUCGGAAAUCGACGGUGGAGCGUCCAGGCCGCGGCCACCCCGGAGUGGCUGUCGAGGUGGCGGCCGCGUCAGAUCCAGAGGAUUACGAGGUGGACUACGACGGUCAGGCAGGGGAGACGGUGGACCCCGGAGGCUCCACCUGUUUCGCUACGGACGGCAGCGAGGGGGAGUGGGAGGUUGGUGGCGUGUGGGUGGGGCCCCGUGAGGAGGAGGUGCCCGCUCUGCCCAGCCCCACCACGAGCCUGGGUGUGCGCCGCGCCAAGCCGCAGCUCACCAUCACCGUGCCCUCCAGCGAGGACCUCAGUCAUGUGCAGCAGGUCAGAGAGAAGCCACGCCCUCCCCCGAGAUCUCCAGAGGUCCGUCGUAGGAAGAAUUCGCCCUCCCAGCUGGACCCUCGGACGCCCCUCCUCCUCCCCAGGACGCCUCCCUCUCCACGCCGCGCCUCCCACUGGACCAAAGUGAAGAAGGCGUUCCUGACGGGCCAGCAGCACCAGCACAUCAAGGCGGAGCUCGUACAGGCGGCGGGCUCCUCCUCCUUGCCGCCCUCCCCCAGCAAGAAGACCACUACCUUCCACUUCGACGCUCCUCCCGACCACUUAUCCUUGUCGUAUCUGGCGCAUCACCUGCACGCUCUUCUCCCAGGUGUGGGCGCCUCCGCCUUGGACGACUCCAGCUCCCCAAGUAUGUCCCUGGAGGCCUCCCCCGACACCCUCGCCUCCCACAGCCACAGCACCUCCACGCCCUCGCCCCAACCUCAUCCCACUCCCUCCCCGCAGCCCUCCGGGGUGCAAAGGAACCUUGCUGACCUGCAGAAGAGCCUGAGCGGGGAGUUCAACCGCCGCUUGCAAGAAUGGGAGAAGUUGAAGGGCGGGACAAGUCAAGGAGGUCCCGUCCCUGCACCCUUGCCAGGAGCUUCUGCUGGCGCAGUCCAUCCCGAGGAGAACUUGCCUCACGAGUUUCGCAAGAAGCUUCAUGAGUGGGAGAAGAUGAAGGAGCGGGAGCGGGAACGAGGCAAACCCGAUCUCCCGAGGGGGCAGGAAGAUGUGAAGACCAAAGUGCACGGCGAGGACGACCUCCCCGCUGAUUUUAGGAAGAAACUGACCGAAUGGGAGAUCCGCAAGGCCUUGGUGGGCAAAAGUCAGCAGAACGUGGAGGAGCUGCAGAAGAAUCUCGGUGAGGAAUUCAAUCGCAAAAUGGCUGAGUGGGAGAGGAUCAAGGCCUCAGCCUCUCACGGCCACAUCAAGACUGCGGCAAGUCACCUGCAAGUAAAACCUUCAGCCUCCGUCAGCUGCAUACAGGCCAAGCCCAUUGCUCCUCCGCCUCCGGUGCCACACAAAUCUGGCAGCAUAUCCGGUCAGGGUCAGAUAAAAUGUUCAGCCUCCACGAGUCAGGUGUUGGCGAAGGCGUCCAUGGCAGGCCCCGCUGCCAGCCCCAGACUGGACAGGAAGGGAUCCGGCCACAAGAUCAAGAAGAGCAAGUCCAGCAAGACUGAGAAAGGUCCUGUGCUGCAGAGCAAGGCAGAGAGCGGCAACAAGGGACGGGACAAAUCAGAUAAGGAGCUUCAGUGGUUAGAGAAGGAGUUGCUGAAGGUGGAGAGGGAAAAGCAGCGGCUAGAAAGGGAGAAGGAGAAGUUCCUCGAGAGGCAAGCAAGGCUGGAGAAGAUGCGGCAGGCGAUGGCUCGAGGCGGCCCGGCCAAGAAGAAAGAAAUCUACAUCAAGACCUCAACGGGGGAGUUCCGCUUCGAGGGCAUCAGCCAGACGUUCACCAAGAGGCUGUACGAGUGGGAGGAGCGGCGCGGCAUCCGACCCGAGUCAUCCACCAUUGCGCUGCUCGAUCCGAACUAUAAAGCACCGGAGAAGGAAGUACAGGAGAAACCCAAAAGUCCAGAGCUCGUCCGUCUGGUUAGGUCGAAGUCCGAGUCUUCGAUGGUGGCGGAUCUGGUGGGCCCAACGCUACACUCUCGCGCCUCCAGCCUCUCCCUCGGCGAGAGAGACACGGAUGAGCCAGUUCUGCAGGCUGAGAACAAGGCAGCCAGCGAGCCCACCCUGGCGGCGGAGGACCCGGGCUCUCCGAAGGUGGCAAUGCUGGUGCAACUGGAGGAGGUAGUAGACGACCCCGCCGCCCUUCACGACCCCGCCACGCCUUACGCUCCGGCAGAAAUCACCAGAAACAUCGACUCCUCCGGAAGCGAGGAGGAUGUGACGCGACGGCGACGUGCAGACGACGACGAUGACCUGGCCACCAACUUGCAGAGGAACGACAGCGGCCGAGGCCACGGGUCAUACCGCUCGUUGCUGCACGAGAACAUGAGUCUACUGGACAAACUCCGCCAGCAGGAGGACCUCUGCCGUGCACUCGAGACUCAGAUGGGGGACAUCGACUCCAAGAUGGACAACGUGGCUGACCAGCACCUCAAAACUUUGGAGAAGCUACACCGCCAAGUGACCAUCAUGAAGGACUCCAGCACCACCUCUCACGACCCAGAGGGCGGCGCCUCCAGUGGCGGCUCUGAGGAUGCUGAGGCCAACCAGCGUCUCAUCAACCAACUCAAGUCCCGCAUCGUGGAGCUGGAGAUGCGGGGCGACCAUCUCAUGAACGAGAAGGAACAGCUGGAGCGCGCUUUUAAGCUGCACAAGGACCACGAAACCGAGAUCGCUGAGUCCUUGGUGGAGAGGAUCCGUGAACUGCAGAACGCCGGGGCCGAGGUCAACAUUCAGACCGUCCAGUGCCCGAGCAGUGACCUUACAACAUCCCAGGAAGGAAGCGUUGCCGUGGACGAACCAGUACCUGAAGGAUUACAUAAGCAAGUCGAGAGCAAGGAGGAAGCUGAAAAAAUGUCUCUUCCGGAUAUGGAAAAGGAAAGAGAGAAGAGAAGGAAGACUUCGCGAGAGGCGUCAGGAGGGGAAGCGGUCGAGUCAGGGAGGCGUGAGAGUCGAACACGAGAACAUCGAAAAGUCAAGAAGGUUCCCUCCAAGAAGGUGCAGAAGCUUCACAACCUCACUGGUGACUUGCUCUUCCAGGCCAAGCGGCUGGAGCAAGCACUGGUGUCCAAACAUAAUUUGGAUCGACGCGGGGCCAGCGGGCCUUCCCUGCCCGUCGCUUACAAACAGAGGAGUCUUCGGGGGCGUUCCUCUUUACGUCUAGCAGGAGACACUGCCACCCCCCCACGGCGAGGGAGGAACACCCCCUCUCGCACCUGGUCCUCCAUCGAGGCGAUCACUUUUCCUGCUGAUUCCCAGGGAGCCGGUGAGGCGGAGGGCGGCGCCAGGCAGGAGUCAGAGGAAGGCGAUGUGAUGACGAGCAGGAGUCUCAAAGGCCAGUCAUCCAUGGGCUCGUAUUCCGGUGAUCCGCAGGAGCUCCUGGCCAUGAACGCUGAGCUCAGUCGAAUGGCAAAGGAACUUCGGCUUGAAAUGAUGCAGAUGUGGAGCUUCAGAGAUUCCACUUCUCCUGAGUCGGUGACGUCAGAGCCCAUGUCGGUGCCCGACAUGGAGCCUUUGACAGUGCACGAUAUAGAAGAAGAUACGACUGAAAAGGACCGGUUAGUAGCGGAAGCCAACGAGGUUUUCCAGAGCAUCGCCAUGUUACACAAGGAUAGUCCCCCGCCCUCGCCCCACGUCGCUAGGUCACCUUCCAGCCGAUCCCGUAAGUCACCCACCAAUGCGCCACACGCUAAGCUCCGAGAUGCAGUUGUGCUGGAUGAAAAGCGGAGCCGCCGCGGCGCUGAAGACAAGGAUCGCAGGUCUAACAAUAAAACGCCGUCCAGAAAGAACUCUUACCGAAAGCAGCAGCGGAAUAACCUUGAGGAAGACGAGGAGGAGGAGCAACUGGAGAAACAGCCGGACAUCAGUGUAUUCGGUGCCACGCUGGGAGAGUUACUCCUGCGCACACAGCACCAUCACGAGGAGGAGGAGGAAGAGGAGGAUGAGGAGGAGGAAGAGGAGGAGGAGGAAGAGGAAGACGAAGAUGAAGAAGAAGAGGAGGAGGAGGAGGAAGAGGAAGAAGAACACAGACGUUGGGAGGGACAACGAAGACGCUCCUCUGACGGACUGUCCACGGUGACCUCAGGACCCUCCCGCUCCCACUCUCCGUCGCCCAGCAUUGCCUCCAGCGCCGCCGAGGCCGAGUCUUCCUCGCGUGUGGACGAGGACGAGGACAGCAUCUCCCUGCCAGGCACGUGGAAGACCGCCACCACCUCCACCACGCGCUCCGGAGAACACAUCCUCUCCUCCAGUUUUGAGUGGGAGGAGGAGGAUGCCGAGGAAAGAAAGAAACCUAGAGCGAGGUGGAGAGCUGUGCUGGAAGACACAGAAGAUGAAGUGGAGGAACAGAGACCAAGAGGAAGGUGGAAGGCCGUGGUAGAUGAUGUGAAUGAUGACACUGUGGUACUGAAGCCCAAACGAAGAUGGAAAGCAGUGGUAGACGAAGAGGAGGAAGAGGAAGAAGAAGAAGACGGUAAAGAAACUCCUACGCCCCAGAAGACACCGGAGGCAGACCAAGACGACUGCACUGACUUUGUGACUGAGGUGACAGUGAUCCUUCCCUCAGCUCGGCGCGCCACCAGAGACCUGAAGACCCGCCGCAUCUCCGACACUCAGGUAGAAUACGAAAGCUUUGGACAAGAGAACAAGGACGAAUGCUUCGCUAACACGUUUAGUAAAUCAGUGCAUGAAGAUGAGGCGCUGGAGAGGAGAAAACUGGGAAGACCGGAGAUGGCCAAACUUUCUUACGUCCCAAAGGGCGCUUCAUGGCGAGAUGAAGAUUUGCCCUCUGCUGUGGCCACCAACACUCACCAGAUGCCUGACAAAUCUCCUGAUGUCUUUGUACCCACAAAACGAACCAUUUUUACUGUUCAAGGAGGAAAUAGAAACCCUGAUCAAGCCCGUGCAACCCCCACCUUUGUAGAGAGCCAGGAUGAAGAGCAAGAGGGCGGUAGGGGUGUCUGGCGAAGAAGUCAGAGUCAUCCUGAAAAUGUCUCAGAAGCAAUAAUUCAGAAGCCCACUCGGCAUCUCAAAGAGAAAAAAUCCAAUGAUAAUGUGAACGGCCACCACAACAGCUCGCCCGUGACUAAAGCCAAGACUAGAAAAUUAUGUCCAGCUCCCGAUGUGGUGGCUCAGUUGACCAAGCAACUCCAUCAAAUUUCUUCACCUAACGAGCCUAAAGCGGAAGUCAAGCACGAGGAGCCCGAUAGAGAGGGUACUUCUUCUCAGAAGGAAAAUUGCCAGACAAUAAGUAACACUACCAAGGAACAAACUGAAACUGAAGUCAAGUCAACAGAUACACAGAAGCCAAACAAAGUUGCUGAAGUGUGUGCCGAGAAGACGCCCUCCCACCUCCCUCCACCUCAGCCCCUCACUACUGCCGCCAUCACCACUGCACUCCUCCAGACACCCACGGCAACUAGUCCUCCCAUCGAAUCCAAAAGAAAGGUCUUGGAGGCCGUCAAUGAAGGUGUUCCUGCUGUCCGUAACAUCAUACAAAAGUUCAACAAGCGCAUCACGGAAAACCAGGAAUUAUUAGGAAGCCCUUUCCGGUCGCCACCCAGCAGCCCGCCAUGGCAGUCACCUCGGUCUCAAAGAAAGAUUUUGGGUGAUUUAAAUUCGUGCCAAGUAGGAGCGGAUAACAAAUUUCCUUCAAAGAAUGGACAAGCUACUAAUGAAUCGUCUCAAUCAACGACUGUUAAUGCGUCCAGCGGUGUGCUCAAGUCCCAGAGUACUUCUGUUAUCGUCUCCCACCCAGCAGAGUUACCACCAAAGGUUCAGCGAUCAGCGAGUGGUUCCUGUGUGCAGGCGGACAAAUCCAUUAGCAGCGAAGUUAAAGUCACCGUCUCGGGGGGAUUGGUUGCUUCACCACAACUGUCCAGGUGCAGGGGUGCGAGCCCUGGCGAAGCGUUCAACUGCUCUUCCAGCGUGAGCCCCGCCCUCACGCCAGCCCCCACAGACCUUGACACUUCCUGUGACUUGGAAUUUUCAACUGACGAUACUGGACAGCCUCAUGAGCGGCUGACGGCCCCCUUGAGGCCUGAAAGGCGUAGUCCUGCAGCCCAUAUUCGUGCACUCAGAAUUAAAAAAGCAAAGGAAGAGUUCCUCGCUCGUGGAGCAGGCCUACCAACCACUGACCAUGGUUCAGGCGACACAAACGAAACAGUAAAGCUUAGACACAGAAGUGGCACAGCCAGCACGGAGGGCAGCUGGAGAGAAUCUGAUGAGCUCUGUGCAGCAGCACCGUCCCCUACCCCGACAGAAGGGAGUAGUCACGAGAAGGAGGAAACUCGCGACAAACCACCAAGAGUCGCUUCUCGAAGACGAAACAUUCCAAAGAAAGAGUCAUUCCGCAGACAGAGUGCUGGUUGCCUGCUAGAGGAGUCUGCAUCGGCCAAGCACUCUUCACAGGUUGUCAAGUCUUCAUCGUCAGGAGUGCUGGCCAACGUUAAGAGACACUCAAGAAUCUCCAUCGACUCCCAGUCCCCUGAUCGACGAAAAGAUUCCGUUGAUCAAUCCGGUGAACAAGCGAGGACGCCUCUUGGAAUAUUCAAGUUGUUCCGACGUAAUCGAAGUAAAGAUAAGCGGGACAUGCCCUCAGUACAAAAGCUAUGCCGUCAAAGUCUGGUGGUAGACUUUGCUAACGGUAGAGGCCGAACCCAAAGUGCUUCUCCUCAACCGCCCCCUGAACCCCAUCUCAGGGCCCUGCCCGAGGUGGAAGGCGAAGAGGCUCCGGAGGCUGCUGCUCGGUCCUCGAAGACGCUGCCACGAGGAAGUUCCAUGGAUACUGUCUCUCUGGCACCCUCUCGCUCUUGCCCGUCGUCUCCUGUUGCCCCUCACCGCUCUCGAACUGCCAACUGGCUGGCUCGGGGCCGUCAGAUAUUCAAGAGCCGCUCUCCUUCGCCGGGGAAAAAGACUCGGUGACAUUCGCCCCAUUGUUUAUGUGGAUCAGUCAGUAUGUCGCCAAGACUGGUGUUUCGCUGCUGCCAGUCACGCGAUGCUUGAGUGCACAGCGCGGAUGGCUGAAAUAAUCCUCUGAGGUGUGGGAAGCCAUCAUCAUACACACGAGAAUCACAUCCCACCCUCACACUGCAGGUGUGACUAGUGACAGCUAUCCACACGAAGAGGAGAGAGCAAUAUAAUAAGAGCGAAAGCCUGAAAUAAAGAUAUACAAGAAUGUGACUGCAGCAGAGCCCACGGGACAAAUGCUUGAGAGUAGAUCUACAAUAACCUUUCCUUAAAAAUGGAAUGGAUUCAGGAAACAUUCGACAACAUAGCAAACAUUGUCGAAACUUUCCAAUGUCAGAUUGCUUGAAACUCUGGAGACCUGUCUCAACCGGAUAAUUCAAACGAAAACCUGGUGGCAUCUGGUGACUGCAAGAAAACAGGUACAAGAAGACUCGUAGACGUAUGUGAAUGGCACGUGCCAAAACUUUUGUGAACAGUAAUAUGAUAAUGGCACAAAAGUCUUUUUUUUUUUAUGCUACUCUGAGGCUUACACCCCAACCAUGGGCGUAGUGACGGGUGUGUUGCUCUCCAGGGGCUUUAGUGCAUCUGAUGGCACGGAUGCAAAUAAUACUUGAUACUGUGACAUGUACUGUACAGUACGUACACUAAUAAUGCUAAAAGGACGGCGGCAAAUCUGUCUCGCCCUAUAUGUGUUGUCUUAUCAGAGCUUUGGAUCAGCGCGGCAAGCUGCAUCGUCAGCCUGAAACUUUGUGCUAGGAAUAAUUAUUCAUAUUGUUAAUAUAAUUCCUUUUCUACGUA